UGGGCCUUGUUCUGUCUCACUGUGUCUCUGCAUGGCGUGUGGUGUGGGCGGGGCUCGCUGCAGGGGCCGUACCUGGUGCACGGAGAACAGAAGCAGGAAGGGCCUCUGUCGGAGUGCGGUGGUAGCGGCAGUCUCCAUGACUACCAGAGUGACCAGGGAGGGAAGCAGCAACCGCAGCAGCACCAGCAGCAGAAGCAGCAGACCUACCUGCACUCCUCACGGGGCCAGCUACGGGCAGGGAGUGGGAGGGGCCUGUCCCGGCAGGACACCUUCGACUCUGAGACUCAGGGCAGUCGGGACUCGGCCUACACUGAAGCAGGGGACUCUUGCAUGGACAUUGAGACCGACCCCUACGAGGAGUCUGAGAUGUACCGCGGGGUAGGGGGCGGGGGCAGCCGCCUCCACCUGGCCCAGCACCACGGCCGGSAGGCCUCCUGGGAAGACGAGGGGGCCGAGCCGGACCAAGAGAACCUCAACCACCCUCCCAUACCCUCCCACACCCAGCCUGGGCAACACAGCCGGGCCAAGCUAAGGGAGAGGUACUGCCAGGAACCCGGGGACACCGGCGCCAACAUGGGCCGCAACAAGAACCAGGAGGACUGGGGGAGGGACGUGUACAUCCGUUAAACACACAUCACAACACAUGGGCUAGGAGGCUGAUGGACAGACUGGGGAAGGGAGGGAGGGAGGAAGUUCACGGUUAGGGCUAGGGGGUUAGCGGGGAGAUGAGGGUGGGUUUGGGGGCCAUGCCAAUCAGAAGCUCAUGAAUUGAUCUGUUUACAACCCUUAUUAAAGAGGUACUUUUCUCAUCGUUGAGUACGCUGUAAAGAAAAAAACAACUGCCAGAUGCCAUACACCUCAUCCGGUUAUGUUAGCUAUAUUCAAUUUAUUUAUGUUUUGAGAGAAAAAAAGCAGUUUGGUUGGUCUCUUUUUAGUUUCUUUUGUUAGUACUACUGCAUGAAUACCAUUGGAAUCCUACUGAACUGACAGCACGAGGACAGUUAUCAUUAUGAUUAUGAAUUCAUCAUUGUGUGAUCUGUAUGGCUUAAUCUCUGUAGUGUAGAAUGUGAAGGCUGAUAGAGCUGUAGUCCGUCAUGUCCGUCCUCUGCAGUCUUAAACAGGGUUGUAUGUCCCAUGUACAGUACAGAGCAUCAGGAUCUCUAUCCCCACAGCUUCAGGCUCAGCUUCAGGAUUCAGACACUUUCAGGAUGGAUCCUAAGCUUUUUGAGUCCCUUUGCUCCGAUUCCUCAUCACCCAGACCUUAAAAGCUAUCUGGUGGAGAAGUUGCCAUAAUGUCUUCAGAAUAGUUUAUUGAGAURAUUGUUUUAUUCGUUUGACGCUUACCUUAAUGUUAAGAAUAAAAGGAAACACCCCAAAGAUACUACUUCUUCUUCCCUAACCGGCUUCAGCCAUAGCAUUUAAAUAGAACUGUAUGUGUCUGGUCUGGUUGUCCCCAUCUGUUUCCUGCUAUUUUAGGGAUACUGUCUGUCUGUGGGUGAUAGCUUUGCUCGUGUAGUAUACAUUGUCUUUUCGAAUGUGGYACAGUUCAUAAGCAGCACYACAGUAGUAGUCGCGUGAAUGAAAUGUCCUACCUAAUAGUCUCUCACACCCUCAGACUUCACUUCAAGAACUCCAAUCACAAGUGCCGGAAUGUUUCGCCAAGCCACGUCCACCAUUGUCAUGGUGGGAUGUCUUAUCUCUUGUCACACUCACUGUUUUCAUAUGUGUGUCUUUACUGUAUGUGUCCUCUUGGCUACUACCCUGCACUGUAGCCCACCCUGUCGCUCCAGCCUCCAGCACGAUGUCCACCACCAUCUUGUUUUCUCUGCACCAGCUUUGUGUUGUCUACGUGUUACAGGGCACACUAACAGUUAUGUAAGAGUUGUUUUGCGUGGUAAAUCACCCCAAACGUUCAACCAAACAGCUAGCUUGUCKGAAUGUCAGAUGCCAUGCACUUCUCUUCUUGAUUUCUGACUGACUUUAGUGGUGUUUUUUCCUGUGGACAUUUGCAUUUUAUAAGGUCCUCAGUUCUUUAGCGCUAGUGAGAAGAGUGUAAAGGGGGGUGGGGGAUAGGUACAAAACAUGGWCUUUAACUCAGUUAACUAAAUGGAGGAUCCACAAAUGUCUUUGGUGGGCUCCUUCUGCCCACCCCUUCAGUCAAAUAAAUAUUAAAUAAUAAUUCGUAAAUAMUGUUUAUUGUUGCGUUAUCGCAAUUGUUAAAAAGAUGAAAGAACAUGUAUCAUUGGUGCCUGAUUGUAGCUACAUUUUGCUUUUUCUGCCUUUCAUUUUUAAUCUGUGGAUAAAUUCGUAUUUUAAUUAAAAUUUUAAUCA